AAGACUAUCAUAUCUAGUAGCAACUGAGCCAAGUGUUUUGUUAAUUUUUUUUUGUUUUCGGUUCAGUUGCUUUAGGUCCGAAGUCGGUCGAUUAGUCUCUCAAAAUUUAAGUAGCAAACAUUUUAGUUAAGUUCUCAGCAUGGACAGUACCCGCAAGGCAAUGGAGAAGCUGUUGGCAGAGGUCGAACGGAGCCAGGAGGGAACUGAAACCACAGCCACAACCCCAACCGAUACGACCACCAUAUUCGGCCGGAACACACCCAACCAACACAGUCCCGAGGCCCGCUCUGGCUCUAGGUUCCACAUCGAUGGUCAGGCCAUUCUGCCGCCUCUGUUGACGGAGACGAAGCGAAGCGACAUACAACUUUCCAAGCACAUGGCUCUGCAGCUGGCAAAGAGGUUCGAAACGUUCAGAGUUGUGGGUGGACAAGAGGAGAGUGAAAGCAACUCCAUGGCCAAGCGGCGGGAUCUGCCGCAGCUGCAGCAAACGAGAACGUACAUCUUUGACCAUCCACCUGGCAGCAGCAGCAUGAUGCCACAGCGUCCCCAGUCACUGGGAAUUGAUGCACAGGAUGCCAGCAUACCCACCAUUCAGGUGAAUCCGCCCACGCCUCAGCAGCAGGAGGCUCCCAAGUCGCUGGGCGGCUCCGUGCUGACGGUGCAUCAGCGCAAGUUGAACAACAUAACAAAUCGCAUUCUGCACUUUGAGCGUGCAGGCCUGGGCAGGAUGCUGCCGCCUGCUAUCGAGGCGCUGCCCUCAACGUCCAACGAGCCCGCCACUGUGGUAUGGCAGGGCCAGCAGACACUGGACACGAGUGCGAAACCCUCGCUGACGCGGACCCCGUCGAGUCAUACAGUCAAAUUGAAUGCCGACAGAGCCGGUGCUGGUGUCUGCACCGUUCAACGCUCCCGAUCGUUCACCCUGGAGGAGCCGUCCCAGGUGCUGGUGGAGCACAUGCAGCGCAAGGCGGAUGCGGAGGCACGAGAGCGGGAACUGGCACACUUUCAGCGGGAGACGGUUGAGUCGAAGGCAAAGCGUGUGAGCCGCAGUCCCAAGAGCCGCAGCAGCCCACGCAGCACCUUGUGUCCCGUCAAACCGAAACAACAACAGGAGCAGCAACCAGAAGCACGCCAGCAGGUGGCAGAGGAGCUGAACAUGGACCAAGAAAUCGAACUCAUGAUCGAGCGCACCCUCAAGGAGCACAAGCUGGACCAUGCCAGCCAUGUCGAUGGGCUGAGAAACCAUCUGCGGACACACAGAGAUCGAUUCAAUCAGCUCGUGCAGUACCAGCAUGACGAGCGCCUGCGCAUGCAGGGAGAGUUUGACCGCCAGCAGAAGUUCCUCAUCAAUCAGAUUUGUGCGGAAAUAGACCUGUCCGUGUAUCGCGAUGGCCUGUCCAAGCAGCUGUCGGACUACACCAGCACCCGGUCUCUGGAGCAGCACCAGGCCGAGGAGCCCAUCAGCACCACAAGUGGUGGCAGCUGCCCGUCCCCGAGCCACACCAUAACCAUCUCAUCCACACUGCCCGCGUCGCCGCGCAGCCCAGACGACUCUUACUAUUCCAUACCCACGCCGGACAGCUGCAUACCCGUGCCGCCUCCGCCACAGCAGUCCUCACGCAAGUGCCUCUUCGGGUUGGACGUGGGGCCUGCCAAGACUUUGAGUCUAAGCUCCGACUUCGAGCCGCAGCCGCUCUCUGGCACUAGUGCGGCGAGCACGCCACGCUCCGGCCAGAUGCCGCUGCGCAACAGCAGCCUGAGCAACAGCAAGCGUCCAGCAGCCAAGGCGCUGGCGCCCAAAGCCCGGGCUGCAUCUAUGCCCCAGAAGAGCAACAACGGCAGAGCGAACUCAGCAGCGGGCUCAACCAAAACUGCACUCCAGCGCGUUGUGGGUGGCGGCGGAGGAAGUAACGGACGCGCAGCUCUCAAGAAGACUCCACCAGGCAGCAGCAAUGGAGCCGCAAACGUGACUCGCCGUCUGCCCAGUCGUGGUCCAGCCCAGCAGCAGGGAAGUGCAUCGAGAGCCAGGAAGACAACAUCAACGCCCAUGCGCGGACGCAAUGAGCAGGAGGCUGCGGCAAGUCGCAUCAAUGCCGGUGUGCGGGGCUAUCUCGUGCGCCGCCUCUUUCGCACAGAGCAAGUGCAGCGUGUGGUCCAAACCAUACGGGAUACCCUCAUCUUUGUGCUCAAUCUGCAUCUGGAGACGUACGGCACCAGUCUGGACGAGGAGGAGCACGGCAACAUACGCCUGAAGGCGCGUCUACUGCAGCAGCUCUGCUCGGCCAGCCGCACACUCCACCUGAUAUUCUUCCAGACGAGCGUCAAAGAGCGCAUGGAGAUAAUAUCGAGGGACCGCAAACGCAUUCGAACCAAGCUCCUGGCCAUGCACCUAAAGCAGCGCUGAGAAUGCUGCUUCGUUGCUGCGAAGCUUUCGCUUGCCGCCAAACUUUGUGGAACGGAACGGCACUGAAAGCUUUUGCCUCCCUGCCUGCCUACCCACCACCGCGGCGCAAAGCCAUGCGCUGAAUUCGCUUGAAAAGCUUACCACCACUUGUCAAAACAUUUGGCAUCGAGCGGACGUCGUGUGUGCGUGCAAAAUUGUAUUUAAAUAAUAGUUUUUAGUCCCCGCACCCGCCUGCAACACACAUUUGCAUCACCACUUCACCCCGCCGACCCACAUGCUUGUGCGCGGUGCGGCUUUCCAGCAGUAGUAAUAAAAUCGUUAACAAAGUCACAACAAAACGC